CUAACCUUCUUCCUCACUCUCUUCAUUGUUCAUCCAGCUUUGGGUGACCCGGCAACACAGCAGCAGAUAAAUCGAAUAUGCCAUCAAAAUGAGGAUUAUGGGUUUUGCAAUAAAACCUUCAAUGAAAAUCUGAAAGGUCCAGCAGAUGAUGUUGGUUUGGUCUUGAUAGCAAAUAACCAAGUGCUGAGAAACACUUCCAGGACCUCAGUUCAUUCACCAAGAGAAGAGGCUUCCUGUAGACCACCAACACCAGAUAGCCCAUUGGUCGAGAGGAAGAGGGACUUGAGAAUCCUCAUUGCAAUGGAUGCGGUCGCAGGUCAUGUUCUUGCCACUUGAUCUAUUCGCUCAUCCCUGCCAGACUUAAGUGCACACAGCCUCAUUACACAACUAUGUUAUAGUGUAAUGUACGUAGAUAAGA